GUGGAUCGUGUUCUUCUCUUUUGCCAGUUUUUGGCUGCUGCUGAUUUUCUUUUUCUCCCAACCCAGGAUCAAAAGCCCCUGUUUGCUGGCCCCGGAAGGGCGCCACAGAAUGAGACGCGAGAUCAGAAGCUGCGUCUACGGAUUACUCCGUACUUUAAUCAUCCCCGCUUAAGUUAAGUCGUAGAUGGCAGGAGACCACGUGGUGCCCCUGCUCCUCUGUCACCGACAAACCCUAACCCUCAAUGUUGACCCUCGUCGAGUGUUUAUUACAGUACGGACGGAUGCUGAGCCGACUCGGGUGCAGCCAACAAUCAUCAUCAUCCAGAGGAGCGCAAAAGAUGACAGCACGUACCAGACUCGCAACCAGAACCGUCCAGACAGCAAGGCCGGCACCCGUGUCGACUACCGCCGCCAAACCGGUACCCAAAGCAACAAAAUCUGCUGCCACUACCGUGCCACAACCGAUCCGGCUCUUCGAGGAUGUUAAGGCUUGGGAGACGUGGCUCGAGGCCAACCACACGGAUCAAGCGGGCUUGUGGUUGAAGAUCGCCAAGAAGGGGGGCAAGAUCGCUUCCAUCACGUACGAGGAGGCUCUGGACACGGCGCUCUGUUUCGGAUGGAUCGACGGGCAGAAGAAGAGCCUCGACGCGGACCACUUCAUCCAGCGCUUCACGCCGCGGCGUAAGGGGAGCCUGUGGUCCCGGCGCAACGUCGAGAAGGUCGAGGCUCUGAUCGCGGCCGGGCGUGUGCGGGAGCCCGGGUGGGCCGAGAUCGAGGCCGGGAAGGCGGACGGCCGGUGGGAGAAGGCGUACGCGCCGGCGAGCGCGAUGCAGGUCCCCGACGACUUUCGGGAGGCGCUCGAGCGCAACAGCAAGGCCAAGGCCUUCUUCGAGGGCCUGGGCAAGACCAAGCGCUAUUCCUUUCUAUGGCGCAUCACGACCGCGAAACGGGAGGAGACGCGGAGAAAGAAGAUUGAUCAGUUUAUCACCCUCCUCGCCCGCGGAGAGACACUGUGAGCCUAUCAUUAUUCCUUUUGCACCGCACUUCCGGUGGGGUGUUCUAGACCUGCCCGGUGACUGGGGUUCGGUAAUUAGAUACACAUUCAACGCUAUGG